AGGGAGGGGAGGUGCGGGGCUGGCGCCUGGCCAGUGGCAGAAGCUGAUGGGUGGAACAAACCGGGCAUGAAAAGGAGGAAGGGGAAAAAAAAAGAAGGCAAGAGGGAGCCAAGGCGAAGAUGACUAACGGAUCCGAGCACCGGGGCUCCCGAGGUGGCUCAGUCUCCGGGAAUGUAAGGCAGCCGGCUUCAGGCUAGAUCUGAAAGAGAGAAAGAGAGAGAGAUUGACUCCUUCCUGCUGCUUUUUGGGGGGUAGCAAGAGAGACCAUGGCCUGCGUCUUGAAGCGCAAGACAAUCAUGGUGGUUGGCUUUAUAGCAGCAUUUCUACUCCUGAUCAUUGCCCGCCUUACCAAUGAAGUCAACUUUCCUCUGAUACUCAGCUGCUUUGGACAAGCUAGUGUCAAAUUGAUGCCAUUUUCUUAUACACAAAGACGCCCUCUAAGAACACACUAUGGAUAUAUUAAUGUGAAAACGGAAGAGCCUCUACAACUGGACUGUGAUCUCUGUGCCAUUAUUUCAAAUUCAGGACAAAUGACCCAGCAGAAAGUAGGAUAUGAAAUUGACCAGUCAUCGUGUAUAUGGAGGAUGAACAACGCUCCCACCAGGGGCUAUGAAGAUGAUGUUGGGAAACGGACAACAAUAAGAGUUGUAUCCCACACUAGCGUCCCGCUUCUGCUUAAGAAUUCUGAAUAUUUUUUCAAGGAAACAAACAACACCAUCUAUGUCAUCUGGGGACCUUUUAGAAACAUGAGGAAAGAUGGCAGUGGCAUUGUGUACAACAUGCUGAAGAAAACCGUGGACAACUAUCCUGAGGCCAAAAUCUAUGUGACCACAGAAAAGCGCAUGAGUUAUUGUGAUGAAAUUUUUAAAACGGAAACAGGAAGAGAUAGAAUUCAGUCAGGAUCCUAUCUCAGCACCGGUUGGUUUACCUUAAUUCUGGCCAUGGAUGCUUGCUACAGAAUACAUGUCUAUGGGAUGAUAAAUGACACCUACUGCAAGUCAGAAGGCUUUAGGAAGGUUCCUUAUCACUACUAUGAGCCUGGAAGAGAUGAAUGUGAUGAGUACUUCCUACAUGAAAACGCACCCUAUGGAGGCCACAGGUUUAUCACAGAAAAGAAAGUGUUUGCAGAAUGGGCUAAGAAGCAUUCGAUAAUAUUUACACAUCCCAACUGGACAUUGUCUUGAUGUUGGUUGUGACAGUCCUCCAUUAGUAGUGUCAUGUUCCAUGCAAGGCAUACCUUCGUUUACAGUGAUGUUUGCAAUUGACUUGACCUUCUGAACUUAGGCACUGGCACAGAAAAUAAAUACAUGAUUCCAAUCCAGGACAAGAUGAAAAACCUACCAAUCUGCUGAAGACAUAUAAAAUGCUUAUUCUGCCUUUUAUGGUUAAGAUAGAAAAUGCAUUUUACUUCUCAACAUGAUUCUGUUUUAAUUCUAUAUGAUAGCAGUUUAGAUUUAAGAUGGGGAAAAACACAACCCCAUUCAGACUGGGGAAUAUCUAUAAAUACUUGAAUUUAGGUUUUAAGAACCAGCUCCAUGUGUGAUUUUGUUUUCUAAAGAUGCAUGUAUACAAAUUAAUCAUGGAAAGAUUAGAGAUGGGCUAAGAAAGAUUCCUGAACUCUUAAUUUCUAUAUAAGAGGACUGUGUAUGUCUGAAACCCAGGGUUGAUUCAGAUGCUGUGAGUGACAACCUGCUUCCAUAGCAGUGAAGAAAUCAAAUUUUGCCAAUGAUGUAUUCAGUCACCCUCUGUUUUUGGAGCAGAACCUUUUUUAACUGCUGUACAAGAUCUUCAGGAAGCUCUGUAGGUAUUAUUGGAAAUAGAGGCCCAGAACCUCGUACCUCUCAGAUGGCAUUGGACACUGAAUCCUGUCUGGUCUAGAGUAAUUCAGCUUAAUUCUCUGCCUCAAAUUCUCCAUGUUUAAAAAUGGAGAUUAUACCUACCUCACAAAGGUGUUAGAAUGCAUCUGCAGUGGUUUUUCAAUAAGCAAUGCUUAAUUUGUACUUCAUGUACCUAUUCAUGAAUUCUGACACACUCCCUCUGUGUUUUGUACUUGAGGAGUACUGAAUCCAUGGUGUGAAAUUUGUGCUUUCAAUACUGAAUAUCUUCACUCCUAUUCCAUGUUCAUUGACUUCUGAAGGUUUUUCUCACCGAAUUAUCCCUUCUGUGAAUAGAGCUCUGGAAUAUUUCAUACUGGCCCAUUUCUAACUAAAGUAUCCAUGAGUCCAUCAAUGCCAGGACCUUACAAAACAUUUGAUAAUGAGGUUAGCAAGAUUUGUAAUAAAGAAAAAGAACUAAAAUGCAGGAAGAAAGGCUAAGAAAGGAAUCAAAUACAAGUCUGGAAAAUUAGAUUUCUGCUGUACUUCUGAACCAUCAGAAGAAGUAUAGCAGAACUUAACAUUCAGACCAAUUGUCCAAAGCUUAGUGUAUAAAUGAUAUAUUGUUCUAUAUCAUGUCAAAAGGGUCCUUGAAAAUGGGACAUCAGAAUUAAAACACUGUAACAAUACUGCUUAAACUUGAAACUACAUUCAUUGACUCUUACAAAUGUGGAACUGUCAAGGAGCCAGAACAGCUACCAGACAUUUUGCAUUGCUCAACUGAAUCAUGAAAUGGCAGUAGCAAAA